CCAGUGCCCGCCCUGCUCCCCUCCCAAGGCUGCCAGCCUUUGUCCCAAUCUCUGGAAAGCAAAGUCCUGCAGAUGCCUCUGCCCAGUGGGUCACUGACUCGGCCGCCCUGUUGACCGAGGCUGCUGGUGGAGGCUGGGGACACAGGGUGGGGGUUUCCUUGGGCAACUGGCCACGCAGAAGGCCCAAACGAUGCGCCCCCGGCCCGGCCUCCUCCUGCUGCUGCUGCUGCUGCUGGCCUUCUCGGUGCUGGCCCCGCCGGCGAGCGCCGCCUGCGCCCGCCUGGCCCCGUGCCGGUGCUUCGGCGGCGCCACCGUCUUCUGCUCGGGCCGAAACGUUUCGGGCGUCCCGGAGGAGCUGCCCCCCGAGGCCACCCGGCUGCUCUUCGUGGGCGCCUCGCUGAGCUCCCUGCCCUGCCGCGCCUUCGUUCCGCGCAGCAACGGCAGCAACGGCAGCGCCCUGCGCCAGCUCUCCUUCCUGGACUGCCCGCUCCGGACGCUCCCGGGCUGCGCCUUGGCGGGGCUGCCGAGGCUGCGCGAGCUGGACGUCGCCCUGGCCGAGCUGGCCGGCCUCCCCCGCGGGGCCCUGCUGGGCUUGGGCUGCCUGAGCAAGCUGGCCGUCCGCUUCAGCCGGCUGGAAGCCCUGGAAGAGGGGCUCUUCGACGGCACGCCGGCGCUCCGGGCGCUGCAGCUGCAGGGCAACCGGCUGGCGGCGCUGCCCGCGGGGCUCUUCCAGCCGCUGGCCGGCCUGCAGUCGCUCUCGCUGGCCCAGAACCGGCUGACCGAGCUGCCCGCCGAGACCUUCCAGCCGCUGCUGCGCCUGCGCGAGCUCCGCCUGAGCGACAACCGCCUGACGCGCCUCCCGCCGCGGCUCUUCCGUCCCCUGGCGGCGCUGCGGGAGCUCUUCCUGGACGGGAACCGGCUGGCCGAGCUGCCCCGGGGGCUCUUCGCGGGGCUGGGCCGGCUGCGGCGGCUGCACCUGCAGCACAACGCCCUGGGCCGCCUGGAGCCCCCCGGCCUCUUGGCGGGGCUGCCCAGCCUGGCUUUCCUGCAGCUGCAGGGCAACCGGCUGGCGGCGCUGCCCGCGGGGCUCUUCCGGGGGACGCCCCGCCUGGUGGACCUCUCCCUGGCCCGCAACCGCCUGCGGGAGCUGCCCGACGGGCUCUUCGGCGACCUCUCCGAGCUCUCAGUCCUCAGCCUCGCCCACAACCGGCUGGACCGCGUGGCUGCCGGGACGUUCCGGGGCCUGGACGGGCUGGGACGGCUGCAGCUGAGCCACAACGGCCUCGCCGUCCUCCCCGCGGCGGCCUUCGCCAACCUCAGCAGCCUGGAGGCCCUGGACCUGGCCCACAACCGGUUGGAGAGCCUGCCCGAGGGGCUCUUCGACGCCAACGAGGCCCUGGCCAGCCUGGCGCUGGAGGGCAACCCCUGGCGCUGCGACUGCCGCCUGGCCCCCCUGGCCGACUGGCUGAGCGAUAUGGACCACCCGCUUGGCGCCCGCGUCUUCUGCCGGGGCCCCGCCCCCUUGGAGGGCAGGGCUCUCCUGGCUGCCAGGGAGGAACAGCUCCUUUGCCCCUGCCAGCCUGGCAGUGCCCGCUGCCCAGGGGAAGCUCCGACUCCCACCAGAGAGACAGGCGGCCUGGACUGGGUUGCUUAGAGGCCGACGGGCACCAUUCAGGGCAGACCUCCCUGCAGCCCCCCCUGCAGCCCCCCCCCCCCGGCAAAGGAGGGCCAGGAGGAGGACGGGGUUGGGGAGCUAUAGCCCCGCCUGGUGGUCUUCUACUGGACAGCAGGAUCCACUCCGACAGCGCCCCCCCCCUCUGAGCUUGACAAGGAGCGGUAGGCGCAGUUCAGGCAGCGCCCGUUCCAAGUGCUGCAAGAUCCAAGCCAGGGAACCACCCGGAAGCGCUGAGGUUGCUCUCCCGGGAGGGUCCCAUCCUGGAGCAGCUCCUGCUACAGAGGUAGCCUCGCCCCUCUCCCGCUCCAGGCUUCGGUCCCCGGGGCUCCCUGCACAGAGCAGACCGCUGGAUUCUCCUCCCUGCCUCACCGGUGGAGGCUGCUGGAGAAGCGCCUGGAGGUUCCCGUUUUCCCUUUCGGCAACAGCAGAUGCCAACCCCCCCCCCGCGCCUCAUUCCUUUUGGGGGGGCUCUGAAGAUCUUGAGAUUCUAGCUAGGCUUCCCGUGUUUCCUCCUAGUCCUUUCCCUCCCCCCUCCUUUCUUUCCCUCCCCCUCCCCCCAUCCCAUUUACUUUUCUUUCUGCAGAUUUUACACGUGUUGCUAUGAUGGUUGCUGUCGUGAUGUUUGAGGACUUUGAUAUCUGUGUGAUUGUUGGGUACUUUUCGCAGGGGCUGAAUUAAACCCAAUCCGGUGUUUUAUCCAACCACAGUACAUGUAACAUGUUUUGCCUAAACCAAUAAAAUCAGUCAAUUAUUACCUA